AUGUCCAAACAGAUACGUGCAAUUCUGGUUAUACUCCAAGGUAUUAAUGAGACUUUGAACUUAUGCAUAUGCAGAAGUAAAAUACCCCAAGUGAUCAAUCCGAUUAAAAUAAACCGCAAGAGCUUUCAACAUAGUGAGAAGAUUGUUAUACUAAUACACGGCUAUGCGGGCAAUCGUGACGGGCCCCCAAAUAACUCGAUUCGUCCGGCUCUUCUAAAAUACAAGAAUGUCAAUGUCAUAUCUGUGGACUAUGCUCCACUAGUGAAGUAUCCCUGUUAUUUCGAGGCUGUGCAAAAUGUACGCCUAGUUGCCAAUUGUCUAUCCCAAAUGAUCAAUGUUCUGGUCGGUAAAAAUAUCGUCAAAAAUGCCAACUUGCAUGUGAUUGGCUUUGGUCUGGGCGCUCAGGUAGCUGCUCCAUAG